ACCACGUGACUCGGCCUAGCCGGCGCUCCGCAGCCUCUGGCGCCCCCGCGCGGCCGCCUCCCGCCCGACGACAUGGAGCGGAGCCCGGCUGCGGCCCGCGAAGGGCCGGUGGCGGCCCAGGAGGCUACAGAGCGGCCCACGGCGGAGGAAGAGGAGGAAAGCGAUGGCGAUGGCUGCGGGGGCCUGUGGGCACUACCCGUAGAGCGCUGCCCCCGAAGGCCUGAGUGCGACCGCUGCAGCCGUCCACAGAAGGUAUGCUUGUGUCCGUAUUUGCCAGUACAUCCUCUAAAGGUCUCCACCUGCUUGUAUAUAAUUCAGCAUCCGGCAGAGGAAAGUAGAGUGUUGCGGACAGUACCUCUUCUAGCAGCUUGCCUGCCCCAAGACAAGUGUAAAGUUUUGAUUGGUCGACGCUUUAGUGAAGACAGGUAUCCUGAGUUAGCUGCUGUAUGUAGGAAUUCUAACACACUAAUCCUGUAUCCUGGAGCUGAAGCAGCUAAUUUGGAAGAAACGGCUCUGCACCCUUCUGGUCCAUCUGUAAUCAUCAUCAUUGAUGGAACAUGGAGUCAGGCCAAAGAUAUAUUCUACAAAAACUCUCUCUUCCGUCUUCCUAAACAGGUUCAGUUGGAGACAAAUAUUUCAAGUCAGUAUGUAAUUCGUACCCAGCCGACAAACAGAUGCCUUUCUACACUUGAAUGUGCAGCUACUGCCCUUGCCAUCAUGGAAAAAAAUGAAGCUAUUCAGGAGACUAUACUUCGUCCUCUACAAGCUUUGUGUUCUUUCCAGCUUCAGCAUGGUGCUCAGAUCCAUCACAGCAAAGAACAUCUUCUUAAAAAUGGUUUAUAUGACAAGCCCAUGCCAAAGAAUAAACGCAAACUCAGAAGAAUGGAACUCUUGGUGAAUAAUGUUAAAAUCUAGUAAGGCUGUAUAUGAACUAUUAUUUUGUAGCUAAUGCACACAAUUUGGUACAUAUUUGGUACAAACAGCCAUCAGUCUGGUAACAGACUACCUCCUAGACCCUUUGUAUUCAGGAAGCUGUUUACCAACAUUGCCAGCUACAGUAAAAGGUAGCAUAUUUAAUCUCAUAAAAGUCCAUGUGUUCUACUCAAUUGAUAACUCCCCUGUAGAGGGGAGGAAGAAUGCAGACAAAAAUUUAGUCGUGUUAUUUCUAGAGUAAGAGUAUGAUCCCCAGUAUGAUUGGAUAGAUUUAAUUUGUGGAAGCUUAUGUCAGUAUUGAUGAGAUAAUGGCACAGGCAAGGACUGUUUUUCAAAGAAAUAUUGAAUUGCUUAAGGGUAUUUUAAUUUUAAUAAUUACAGUAGUCUGAAACAGCAAAUGCCUAUGUCUUAUGGUGAACUUCAGCAUAAGGCACUGUGACUUGAAUAUUUUUGUUUUAAUUUUUUGAGGGUUCUCUUUCUUGUUUUAUUAGACUGAUGCCUUGUUUAAAAUGAUGUAUAUGAUCAUGUAGUAAGCCUAGUUUGAGCCUGUCUGCUUUAUUCAGUUGUUUUGAUUAAGCUGAGUUAGUAUGUGUGUGUUAAGAUUUUUUGAUAAUAAAGAGAAUGUUGAAAGAGAUGUGUUCACCUGACUUGUAGACCAGGUUCUGCUCUCCAACACUUGGGCAAGACUCCUCAACCCAUUCUGACUCAGUGAUCACAUUGUAACCCCUCUUGUUUACUCCUUUGGUAGUGGAACUUGCAUGUAUUCCUGUUGAAUUUUGAGUCAGAGCUAGGGGACACUAAAUGAUGGAUAUUUAUAGCUACGCUAUGUAAAUACACUUAUCCACAUUAGUGAAAUCAUUUUUGGAAAAGCAGAACUAGUAUUACCACACUUCUUCCAACAGAAGAAGUGCUAACAGGACAAAGGUCAGCUAUCUUUGUUGUGAAACAGCUUUUUUGUAACUUGAUUAAAAGCUGCUGAAAUUAAGUCUCUGUUUUUGCCAGACAGCUAUGAAAAACUGGGUCAAAUUCCUCAGGAAACAGUGAUAACAGUGGGUGAUGUAUAUGUGUUCUCUGAUACUUCAGCUGUUAUUCUUGGGCUUUGUCAACUAGUAAUUUAUGGCUAAUGCUAUCAAGAAAGAGAGACUGCAGAAAUUUUCACUGUAGACAAGACUCUACAUGGUCACCAGCAUUUAAAUACCUGUGGGAUUUCUCUGAAUUAGAGGGAGGUCAAAUUUUAGAUCAGGGUUUAUCUAACUUGAUUUGGCUAGCCCCCACCUAGCCUGGGCUCUUCCUUAAUCUAGGUAUAGGUUAAGAACUUGAUUUAGCUGGUUGUUGUCAACCCUGGCUGAUACAAGUCAUUUAAUCUAAUAUUUGUGUCAAUACAGUAUUUCUGUAUUAGCAGCGAGGACUUUUACAGCAAAAAUAUCUAAUAUAAAUAUUUUUUAUAUAGGUGUAUUUUUCAGGGAAUUAGGAAAGUAGUCAUAAUUCAGUAGUGGCAAUUAGGGUUUGUAGCAUUGAUAUAAAUGGAGGACGCUCACUGUUGUUUUGCUACUGUUCUUUCAUUCUGCAUAUUUUGAGACUUGACAAGGAUAGCAGUACAUCCCCAGCCCCCUAUGUGAAGGUUAGUUUCCAUAUCAGAAGGACUAAAUUCUUUUUUUAUAAAAUAGGGGUUCAAAUUCUGGAGAACAGAGGAAAUGUUGUAUAAGUAGCUGAAACUUGCAAACAACUGAAAAUGACUUUGAAUUAAUACAUCAAAGAAAGAAUCUGCUAAAUUGAGUUAUAAUCCCACACUAAAUAAUUCUCAGUGUGCAGCCUCUGGACUGAAGGUUUUCUUGCUAUUCUGCAAGGGUCAAAGCCUCUACUUCUUAAGAGUGAAUAGCUUCAUUGACUUGAGGCUACUUCUGGGGGCAUUACCCAAGUAAGUAAGGUUUGUAGGAUUAGGUUUUACUGUUGAACACACUUGUCUCUAUUAAUUCUGUUAAUUCAUUCUCUAUGUACAGUAAAUACUAUAUGACCACUAUGCAACAGUUAGUUAAGAAAUAAAAAAUAUGAGGUGUGUUGCACUUCAAACAUUACCAUCUUAAUAUGGAUAGUACUUUUGGAACCAAGAGUUCUAGUUUUUUGUAGGAGCAUCUUAAUAUUGUGCUUUCUUUGAGGAUUUUUGUAAUUUACAAUUUAGCUAUAAUGUUAAAUGUGUUAUCUAGGGCAGGUAUUUAGUUGCAGUAGAGUUAACACAUGAAGCUAGAUCUUAAAUGAUCAGGUUUUUUUUACUCUUCUUAUUUUGAAAGACCUCUAACACUUAAAGGGAAUGAAGUGAAUUGAACUUUAUCCUGUGUGUUAAAGUUCAGUUCAGUUACUUCAGUCCUUUCUUGUAAAUUAUUCAGAAUAUUUCCUUAUAUUAUAUUUUCUUUACUCUCUUUGUCCCUUCUAACCCCCCUUUCCGCUAAUCACUCAUAGGCAGGAGGAAUUUUUUUAAAAACAUUUAGGGCCAAACUUUCAGGUCUAGCCUGUGUUUUUAUAGGUAUAAUUUUGCACCAAGAUAAUUUGGUAUUGAAUUUAUUAUGUGUGGAAAGAGUAUUAAGAGGUUACAUUUGUAUGUGAAACAGGUAUAUAAUCCCAAUUUAAUGUGGAUAUUGAAUUUAUUUUGUAUGAAAAUAAGAGUAUUUAGAGACAAAAUUUGUAUAUGAAACAGGUAUAUAACCCCAACUUAAUGUGGGCAAAAGGUAAGCAGAAUUAUUUGUAGAUGCAGCAUUGUAUGUAUAAAAAUUGAGAUUGCUUGGGCCAUUAUAAUUUAUUCUUGUAAGCAACAUUUUUGUUCUGUAAAUUGUGCUGGAAAAUUGACUUACUAUUUCAAUAUUUAAUCUUAGUUAUGAUGCUCAGCAGUGUCCUUCAAGUGGAUACAUUUAUUUUUAAACAAAAUUACGUUGAAUUGACGAACGUUAGCAGAGUUUAUAAAGCUCAGCUUUAAGUCGAUAAGGAUCACAAUUGCAUAUUAACGAUUUACAUAUUAAAACAAAAGGUGCUGACCAAAUCUUAACUCGUUUUACUGCACCUGAGCUUGAAAAACUGUUUUUUACUUUCCCUAAGUCAUUUUAAUUAGAGGGAGUGUAAUUAAUGUUUUUAUUAUUUGCUCUGAUAGUUUGUCUUUUUUACUGUCACUUACCAAAAGUUCCUUGAAGUUUAAAAACACUAGCAUGAAAGUGAACUUUAAAAAAACAUAUUAAUGCAACGCAUUUUCCUUUAAUGUUUUGUCCUUCUCCUCUUGUCAACUUUGCACUUUUAAUAUUACUGCAUAAAUACAUUCUGCCCUCGACAUGCCACUGAAUGAUACGUUAGGGAAUCAGUGACAUUGCAGCAUGUAUGUUGGUGACAUCGAUACCUUUGAUGAAGGAGACUGUAAUGCCCUACAAUGUUUUAAAGUGACAAAAAUUUCAGUAUAAAUUUUGAAAGCAAAAAUUGCAUGUGAUAACACAGACUAAUGUAGUUACUUUUAAAGGUGCAGGCAUUUCUAAACCUUUGUACUUUUAUAUUCUCUUCAUAGAAGAAUUCCAUUCAUUCUAGAAAGUUUUAAAUUUAACAUUGGUCCAGAAAGAACAUUUGUUCCUAGCAAUACUUAACCUUCAUUGCAUCUUAAACCUGUCAAAUUCCAGCUAGGAGAUAAUGAUGCACUAUUACAAAGCAGUUCAGGUUUUUAUUAGUUUUCCAUUAAAAAAAAAUAAAUGUUCCAUUGAUAUGAAUAAGAUAAAACAUAAUUUGUAGGUAAAAGGAUUUUCUUUUGUAUUGCUACACUGGAUUUAAGAGGUUCACGCUAUAUUGUUUUCUACCAUUUCUUUUGUUUAGAAAUUUAAUUAAACAACUUUUUUUAGAAAGUGUA